AUGUCGCAAGUCACGACCACGCAGACCGAAGAAAAUAAUCCUCUCGUAAUCAAGCUCCAAAAUGGCCAAACCCUCCACGUCGAAUCCAACGAGGCCGUGGAUGCCGACGAGAUCCCUAUCAUCGACGUAGCAGGAAUCUACAGUGACAACCUGGCGGAUCGACAGGCUGUGGCGGACAAGGUUCGGGAAGCUGCUCACCGGAUUGGAUUCUUCUAUGUGGUCAAUCAUGGAUUCGAUCCCAAACUGGCAGAUGGUGUAUUUGAGCAAGCCAAGCGCUUCUUUGCGUUGCCGCUGGAGAAGAAAUUGGAGGUCGACACGAAUCUUGUCCCAAAGGAAUAUGUGGGAUACCAUGCGCUUGCGAGCUAUAACAGAAACGGGAGGAAACACCAUGAUCUUAGUGAAGCCUUCAAUCUCGCAUACUCUGCCGAGCAAGACCCCGAGAACCCAGAAAACGACCCGGGUUCGUCGAUAUGGCCCAGCGACCUACCCGGCUUCAAGGAGGCCAUGUACGCGUACCACACGCCGAUGCUGCAGUUCGCACGCCGGUUGACGCGGAUCUUCGCCCUGGCCCUGCACCUGCCGGAGGACUACUUCGACGAGUGGACCAAGCGGCCCGAGGCCGGGCUGCGCAUCCUGCACUACCCAGAGCAGGCGGCGUCGGUGGACGACCAGAACGGCAUCGGCGCGCACACGGACUUCGAGUGCUUCACCAUCGUCAACCAGGACAUGUCUGGCGGAUUGGAAGUCCUGGGAAAGUCGAAGCGCUGGAUCCGCGCGAAGCCCGUGCCCAACUCGUUCGUCGUCAACAUCGCCGACUGCUUCAUGCGCCAGACCAACGACUACUUCGUGUCGACCGUGCACCGCGUCAUCAACAAGAGCGGCCGCGAGCGCUACUCCAUCCCCUUCUUCUACGGCCUGGACCGCAAGAUGCCCAUGCUGCCCAUUCCCUCGUGCAUCUCGGAGGAUAACCCGUCCAAGUACCCUGUCAUGACCGCCGGAGAGUAUUAUCUAUGGAGGGCGAAGAAGGCCAAGCAAGGGGAUCAGGCUGAUGAUGAUUAG